CUCCAGCUGCCAAUCGCGCGAGUUGCCACUCCUUUUGUCCGACGACAUUUGUGGUUUCCCAAUACUGCCGCGCCGCACAUAACACCACACUCCGGUUUUAUUUUGGUGCCAAACGGAAGAAACGGGAGUGAGAAGCGCCGCGGUUCUUUCUCUGCCCAACGUAGGCCACCGCCCACACCCUGAGAUGGGUCUCUCGGUCUACCGACGAACAAAGCCGGGCCUUAGCUAUUGCUUUAAAUCUUUGGCGUGGAAGACUCCCAACCGACGCCCGUGCAUGUCCUCCAACUCGUACAGGCUGUUGCCCACGCUGCUCCGGACACGGCAUUUCACAUACUUGUGGCACAGCUUCGCGUUCACGUUGUCCUUAAAACGACUGAGGACAAAGUUUCGCCUGUAAAUCUCCUGGCCAGGUACGUACGCUACCAUCCUCGCACGCUUAUCGUAUUGCCGUUUCGCCUUUUCAUAUGCCAGGUGGACACUCUGCUGUACCUCAUCCCGCACUGCCUUCUGCUGAUCCGAUCUGGGCAACAUGCGCAAUUCCGCAUCCUCCAGCGCCCCCAACUUGCGUGCCAGCUUGUAAUCCUUCCCGCUGGUGAACAUGUGCUGCCCAAACAAAACGAAAUACGGGGACGUGCCGAUGCUGCCAUGGAUAGCACUGCGUGCUGCACACUGCACGUCCGAGAGCUUCUCGUCCCACUUCGUGUGGUCGCCCUGUACAUAUGUCCUGAUGGCCGCUAACACUGUCUGGUUCACGCGUUCCGCCGCAUUCGCCUGUGGGGCAUAGUUCGCCGUGCGUACGUGGGUGAUGCUCAGCCCCUGCAGGAACCCCGUAAAUUGGUUGGCCACAAAUUGCUUACCGUUGUCGGUAUGGACGGUUUCUGGGACUCCAAAUGCCGAAAACACCUCCUCCUGCAGAAACCGGACCACUGCCGCCGCUGUUGCUUUUGGCAUCGCUCGCAACCACACGAAUUUGGACAGAUGGUCAAGAACAACCAGAAUGGUGGUAUUCCCUCUCCUGGACCUCGGAUACGGCCCUAGAAAAUCCAGAUGCAGCCUCUGCAUUGGUCGGAGCGAUACGGUUUCGGCGCCCAUUACCGGCCUCGCUAAUUGCGUGCUGUGCUUUGUUGCUUUGCACGUUUCACAGCCGGCAACGUACCUCCUCACCUGUGCCACCAUCCCGGGCCAGAAAAAAAACUGCCUGAGCCGUUCUAUGGUCCUCUUCAUGCCCCCAUGCAUAGCCGCGUCGCUCUCAUGGGCCUGCUGUAUAAGGGCUGCGGACACAGGACGCGGUACCCAGAGCUUCCAGGAAAAUUCCUCUCGCUCGGGCCGCGUGAACUGCGCCCGCUUAUACAACAGCCCAUCCUCCACGCGUAAAUCCGGAAAUAGCUCCGCGUUCUCCCGCACUUGCUUCAGCCGCUCGGUAUACUCCGCACCUUCGAACUCGGUUGUCUCGAAAUCAAAAAAAUCAACUUCCUCCAGUUCGAAAGGCCGUGAGAGGGGCCAACGACCACCGCGCUAAUCGACCGUCCAACUCCUUCAAUGACAUCAGCCACCGCAGGCUGGCGUGAUCAGUCACCACCUUAAACGGCAUCAAUUCAACGUACGGCCGGAAUCUUUCGACCGCUUUUACUGCAGCCAGGCAUUCCUUCUCGGUGACACUAUAGCUCAGCUGAGCGCCCCGAAGCUUCGCUGAAAAAAAAGCUAUCGGCCUUUCGGCCCCGUCUGCAUCGAGUUGGAACAAAACCGCUCCUAUGCCCGCUUGUUCUGCCUCUAAAGUUCGGUUGUCGACGAACAGGCUGGCCGCUGCAUUUGCGCGUGAGCUCGCUCUGGCCUGCCCACCGGCGCCUGUGCUACAGACGGAGGCGCGCUAUGCGUUCUCUCCUGCCUCAGCGCUGCCACUGCCUCAUUAAUCUCGCGCAUGAACGACAGCAUGCUGGCCUGCAUCGUCUCUCGAAUGGCCUCUACUUCUGACGACAACGAUGCGCGAUACGUCUCGUGGGCCUGUGCUAAUGCCACGUUGAUCGCUGACCGAAUUUCGCUUGGCAGCGCAGACUCGGCUCUGCCACCCUGCUCUUCACCGCCAUAGUCACGCGCGCGUGCGCCGGUUGUUGCUCCGGAACUGUUCGGAAAUUCAUCCCCGAAUCCUCGGAACGCUGCCUCGUUUACACUCGGCGGCGAUGCGUCAUCAUGGAGUGCUUCUGCUGGCUUGCCCGCCUCACUCAAUCCUACGUGAGGAGGAGAGUCCAAGUGAACCAAUGGCCUAUUUCUAAUAAACUCCUGACUCCGCCUGACCUUCCGGGUAACAUUCGGGUCAAGAUUCAUUUCUCAGUACCUUGUUAAUCCAAACCAAAAAAAAACCACUGCUAGUACUCGGAUCCGUACCCGCCGAUUAUAAUAUCAAAAAAAACUAUAUCUAUAUUAUAAACGAGCAAACUCCGAAUAAAUAAAUAGAUCGGUCCACUCGUA